AUGACUAUCACCCCUGACAAACAGAAACAGAAACAACAACAACAACAACAACAACAGGACCAAUCGUUCGACUACGUUCACGCGUGCAAAUGCAUCGCGAUGAUAUUUGUCGUGGCGGGCGUGGUGCUGAUGUUCUUCGAGACCGGGUUGGACCCACAACAGAAGCUACAAAUCAAGCAACUGCACAGGUUGGAGUCCGCCGUGCCCGGCGCUUGA